AUGGCCAAUCCACUGCAGUUUGCCUACCGGACCCAGAAGGCCAUCGGCGUCUUUGACGCCGCGCCUGUCUACGCUUCUUUGCCUGGAUUUGUUAAGCCGGAAGGGAACCUCCGCUGCUGCAUAUACUCUCCCUGUGGCCGAUACUUCGCUUGGGCCUCUAACGAAGGCGUGAGCGUUGUUGACGCCUCCACCGGCCAGGUCUUGGCCUCUCUUCCCCUGACCUCGGUCUAUGAGCUCGGCUUCUCCCCCAGGGGCACUUUCAUCGCCACCUGGGAACGGCCCUCCAAGGACGAGGCUGGUGAUGCCACCAAGAACCUCAAGAUCUGGCGCACCAUCGAGCCGUCCACCGAUGAAGCGGCCAAGCUGCCGCUCGGCCAGUUUGUGCAAAAGUCGCAAAAUGGCUGGAACCUGCAGUACACAGCUGACGAGCAGUAUUGCGCCCGCCUCGUCACAAAUGAGGUCCAGUUCUACGACAGCAACGACCUCAAGACCGUCUGGAACAAAUUGAGGAUCGAGGGCGUGACAGACUUCGCUCUCGCUCCUGGGUCCACCCACAACCUGGCAGUCUUUGUGCCGGAGAGAAAGGGCCAACCCGCCGCUGUCAAAGUAUUCAAUGUGCCCCAGUUUGCGAGCCCCAUCUCGCAGAAAACAUUUUUCAAGGGUGACAAGGUUCAGCUCAAGUGGAACCAGCAGGGCUCCAGCUUGAUCGUGCUGGCCCAGACAGACGUUGACAAGUCGAACAAGAGCUAUUACGGAGAGACCACGAUGUACUUGCUGAGUGCGAACGGCGCCUUCGACGCUCGCGUCACUUUGGACAAGGAGGGCCCAAUCCACGAUGUGGCUUGGUCUCCCAAUGGCAGGGAGUUCGGGGUGAUCUACGGCUACAUGCCCGCCAAGACCACCAUUUUCAACCAUCGAGGUGUUGCGACCCAUUCCUUCCCCAUGGGCCCUAGGAACACCAUCAUCUUUUCGCCCACCGGUCGUUUCGUCUUGGUUGCCGGAUUUGGUAACCUGGCCGGUCAGAUCGACGUGUACGACCUCGAAAAGGACCAUCGCAAGGUUUGCACCAUUGAGAGCGGGAACCCCAGUGUGUGCCAGUGGAGCCCCGACAGCGUCUACAUCAUGACGGCGACGACCUCGCCGCGCUUGCGUGUGGACAACGGUGUGAAGCUGUGGCACGUCGGCGGAGCUAUCAUGUACACUGAGGAGAUGGUCGAGCUUUACAACGUCAUGUGGCGGCCUCUGCCGGCCGACCAGCUGCCCAAGAAUCUGGACCCCCUCAACCCGGUCCCGACACCGCACGAGUCUGCGGUCGCCUAUCUCGGCACGGUCAAGACACCAUCCAAGCCUGUUGGUGCCUACCGCCCACCAGGUGCUCGGGGCACUUCGACGCCGUUACAUUUCAAGCGUGAGGAUGAAGGCGGCGCUGCUCAUGUGAUGGGCAAUGGUGCCCCCUCCGCUAGCUUGAACGGAUUCGGGCGAGCUCGCCGACAGGUCCCUGGCGCCGAAUUUGCUGAACAGAACCAGGUCCCGGGCGCAGCACAUGCUCGCCCUUCUGUCCCCGGCGCUGAGGUUGUCGGAGGUGAUGACAACUUGUCCAAGACGGCUCUGAAGAACAAGAAAAAGCGUGGGAAUAAGAAGGCGAAAGACACCGAGGGAAAGCCUGCAGGUAGCAACGAGGGUGGGUUAGCACCUCCGUUGCAGGACUACGGCAGUGGCUCGGGAGGUGAUACCCGAAGGAGCGAUCGCCGUGGAGGCCAACAGCAUGGCAACUCGCGGAGCCGCUCGCGCCACCCACAGAACGGUCAAGGCCGUAGCCGCAGCAACACGCAACGUAACAACGAGCAUGGCCGCGGCAACGGGAUUCGAGACCAUACUCCGUCCGGGCGAGACCAGCCGCAAGAGACGGCAGAACAAGCCCCGGCACAAGGUAAUGACUCUGGUGCGAAUCAGGCCCAGAACCCCAACGCCAAGAAGAUGAGGGGCCUGCAAAAGAAGAUCCGGGCGAUAGAGGAUCUCGAGAUGCGUCUGGCCGGGGGCGAGAAGUUGGAGGACACGCAGAUGAAGAAGAUUGGGACCAAGGUGUCCGUCCUCAAGGAGCUGGAGACAUUGGAAAAGGACUCGGCAUGA